AACAUCCAUCUCUCUCCCGUCAACCCAUCCAUUCAUCCAUUCCCAACGCAACUCACAAAGCAACCACUACUCUUCAGCCUUCGAGCAUCUACAGUCGUCCUCGACUUCAAAGCAAUCUACUUUUUCCACCCAGAAAACCCCCCAACCCCAACUCUUCAAAAUGACUGGAGGUGGCAAGUCCGGCGGCAAGGCCAGCGGUUCCAAGAACGCCCAAUCCCGUUCCAGCAAGGCUGGUCUCGCCUUCCCCGUUGGUCGUGUCCACCGUCUGCUCCGCAAGGGCAACUACGCUCAGCGUGUCGGUGCCGGUGCUCCCGUCUACCUCGCCGCCGUCCUCGAGUACCUCGCCGCCGAGAUCCUCGAGUUGGCCGGUAACGCUGCCCGCGACAACAAGAAGACCCGUAUCAUCCCCAGACAUCUUCAGCUCGCCAUCCGAAACGAUGAGGAGUUGAACAAGCUGCUCGGACACGUCACCAUCGCACAAGGUGGUGUCCUGCCCAACAUUCACCAGAACCUUCUGCCCAAGAAGACCGGCAAGCCUGGCAAGAACGCUGGUUCUCAGGAGUUGUAGAUGGUUUUUCGUGGUUGCAUUUGAUUUUUUCUGGUAGUUCGGCACGUCUUUACGAUCAAGGGGUCACGGUUGGGCAUGGUUUGCUCUUUUACACGCGAAUUGCGAAUUGGGUUGUACAUUAAGAUAAUCCACCCAUGGUUUAAGGGACAUGGAUAUGAAUGAGAACUUCUGAACAAACA